UUCCUCUGAUCAAAAGCCCAAAUCUUUAACAAAACCCGGUCUCAGCUAAACUCCUUCUUCUUCAUUCAAGGUUUUGGAAAACUAUUUGGUUCUUCUUUGGAAAUUCUUAUGUUUUCAUAAUGGGUUUACAUUCGAAGCGGUCGAAAAAAGCGCAAGACAUCGACAGCGAUUUCGAAGAUUUUGAUGAAGACAUGGAGAACGGGAAUCUAACUUUGGGGCAUGAAGAAGAAGAAGAAGCUAAUUACGAAGAUGAAGAUGGAGAGGGAGAUGAAGGAGAAGCUAACAAUGGAGAUGAGCAGAUGGAACAGCUAGAAGAAGAGUAUAAGAAUCUUAAGCACCAGGAAAUAGAUAUUUUUAAUGAUUUGAAGCGUCACAAGGAUGAAGAUCUUCUUAAGGGUCAGGCAGUGAAAUAUCAAAAGGCUCUUUGGGACAAAGCUCUGGAGCUCAGAUUGUUAGUUCAGAAAGCAUUCUCAAGUGCAAAUAGAUUACCCCAGGUCUUUUUUGGUAAUUCUGAAAGAUCAUCCAAGCAUUCAGAAGCUUCUAAGAACUCGAAUGUUGAAGGUGAUGAAGAUUGGUCAAGGGUUUCUCAAUUGCAUUUGAGAAUAGCUUCCUUCAGAGACAAAUCAAUAGACAAAUGGCAGAGGAAGACAGAGGUGGCAACUGGUGCUGCUGCUAUUAAAGGAAAAUUGCAUGCUUUUAAUCAGAAUAUUAGUGAGCAAGUUGCUGAUUAUAUGAGAGAUCCAAGUAGAAUGCUCAAGCAGAUGCAACUGAGGAGAUCAACAGUCAGUGUAUUUGGAACUGAUCCUGACAGGGAAAAUAGCGCUAAGGGAGAGGAAGUACAAGCUGAUGGUGAUCCAGAACUUUUGGAUGACUCCGAAUUUUACACACAAUUACUGAAGGAAUUCUUAGAGACAAAUGACCCAAAAUCAUCUGAUUUUUAUGCUUUGAAAAGGUUGCAAACUAAGAAGAGAAAGAUCGUUGAUCGGCGUGCCUCAAAGAGUCGCAAAAUAAGGUAUAAUGUUCAUGAAAAGAUUGUCAAUUUCAUGGCUCCUCAGACUAUGGAUCUUCCUCCUAUGGCUCCUAAAUUAUUUGAGAAUUUGUUUGGGUUGAAGACCCAAAAACCAGCUUCUGUUGUCUAGUGUAAAGUCUUAUCGGUUCAUAGGCUUUUGCAAUUUUGUAAUAUUUGUUGACAUAAUUGUUUGUUUUAAUUUAAUUCCUUGAUAUCUUUUAUA